AGAACAAGUAAUACGGGUCCCUCUUAUUUGCAAAAGAAAUGGCGCACUUGUUCCUGGAGAAACCAUCAUUGUGGAAAUACUUAAUGUCAAUGACAAUGCUCCAAUCUUCAAGGAGAGAUAUAAUUUUACCGUACUCGAGGGUUCUCGACCCCCUCUUCUCUAUCCUCUCACUAUUGGCGAAACUACCCUCCUCUCUUCAACACCCUCUGGGCAGAUCUUUCUAGUUGGGUCCUGCCUUACAUCUCGUGGCUGGGUGGCACACAUUCAGAUAAAAUGGUCCUUUUAUCAUGUCUCCUCGAUUCAUCACGCACAUCCCUGCACCUGUCCGUAUGUCAGACCUACAUUCUCUUCAAACAGACAAAUUUAAAUAUUUUUUUGGUAUGGUCAAAACCCAGUAUAGCCCCAAUGACAAUAACAUUAAAUGUUACGUUUUACAAAUUUUUUCUCCAUCGGGAGCUGGAUUCACCAAUUUUUCUAUUUUCUGUGACUACGAGGAGAAGCGGCUCCUUUGUUCCAUGCUUCCGGACCCUAUGCCAUGGUGUCUACCAUAUGAGAAAAUUGUGGAUCUGCCAGUGAACAGCAUUGUUGGUACUGCAAUGGUGGCUGAAGAUGUGGAUAAGGAUAUUCUCUACUAUGAGCUGAUUGCCUAUGACACAAAUGCUGCUGAUUAUUUUAGAUUGUCCUCUAUAACUAAUCCACUUCUAUUAGUGAAUAAAUCUCUGAAUUAUGACCUACACCCUUUCAUAUGGUUAAAUCUCACAGCACGGGACACUGAAAUUCCUUUUAAUAAUCCUAGUUUCACAGCUACAACAUCAAUAGUUAUUGAAAUUCGUGAUGCAGAUGAUAAGCCACCUUUCUUCCAGCCCUGUAGACUAGUCGGGACAAAGAUCUGCCUUAGCAAUGGAUACAGAAGUAGUGUCACCCGCUCUGAACAAGCCACUCAGCCGCUUCAGUUGUUGCCUGGCCCUUUAUAUGCUGUGGAUGGAGAUUAUGGCAUUGGUGACCCUAUUUCCUACAGUAUUGUUAGUGGGGAUGAUAACAGUAUUUUUAAUAUAAACAUUGACAGUGGAAACAUUACAAUGAACAAGCCAGUAGACACUUUGGAAACAUUUCUGCUGCAAGUUAUGGCAUAUCAGACUAAUGAUGAAACAAAAUAUUCCACCACGGCAGUCCAGAUUGAAGUAAAGGAAAAAAACAAUUUUCCACCAACAUUUCAGAACCCCAAUUACUAUGGAACCAUCCCUUUAAAUGCAGGAUUGAGAAGCUUUGUCCUGGACUCUGGUGACCAGACUAAACAACUCCAAGUGUUUGCCACCGAUCUAGAUUUUCCAGAUGAAUUCAAUCCAGCUGUCACAUACAGGAUAGAAAACAACCAAGAUUUUGUUAUUCUUCGUGAUGGAUACAUUUUAACUGACCGUCUAUUCACUUCUCCUGGCAACAUUGUGUUUCUAGUUACUGCAACUGAUAGUACCACAUCCGAAAGCACCACGACAACCGUUACAAUUGAGAUCACCCCAAUACUCAUCAUUACUACCACCACAACAACUCCCUCUACUCAAACAACAACAAGGACUCCUAUAGGAACAGAUACAACUAUAACUACAACUCCCUCUUCUCGGACAACAGCAAUCACUACUAGAGGAACAGGCACUACUACAACUACAACUCCCUCUACUCGGACAACAGCAAUCACUACUAGAGGAACAGGCACUACUAAAACUACAACUCCCUCUACUCGGACAACAGCAAUCACUACUAGAGGAACAGGCACUACUAAAACUACAACUCCCUCCACUCGGACAACAGCAAUUACCACUAAAGGAACAGGUACCACAACAACUACAACUCCCUCUACUCGGACAACAGCAAGUACCACUAAAGGAACAGGUGCCACAACAACUACAACUCCCUCUACUCGGACAACAGCAAUUACCACUAAAGGAACAGGUACCACAACAACUACAACUCCCUCUACUCGGACAACAGCAAUUACCACUAAAGGAACAGGUACCACCACAACCACAACUCCCUCUACUCGGACAACAGCAAUUACCACUAAAGGAACAGGUACCACCACAACCACAACUCCCUCUACUCGGACAACAGCAAUUACCACUAAAGGAACAGGUACCACCACAACCACAACUCCCUCUACUCGGACAACAGCAAGUCCCACUAAAGGAACAGGUACCACCACAACCACAACUGUCUCUACUCGGACAACAGCAAGUACCACUAAAGGAACAGGUACCACUAUAACAACAACUCCCUCAACUCGGACAACAGCAAGUACCACUAAAGGAACGGGUACCACUACAACUACAACUUCUUUUACUCAGACAACAACAAGCUCCACCACAGGGACAGAAAUUACUACAGGAAGUACUAACACUGGUACAGGCAGCACUACAAGUACAACACCUGGGACAGGCAGUACAACUAAAUAUCCAGAGCCAGGUACUGAUCGAGUAUUGGAUACAUAUUAUACUGCAAAUGACAUGGCAGUCCUUGGUGCCACCUUGGGAGCUGUACUUGUUCUGUGUUUGGUUGGGCUGGGUUUUCUUAUUUACAAGCAGUAUGGAAAAACAAUACAAAGAAAACUAAAAAAAGGGCCAGGAAGUAAUUCUGGAGGAUCUGAAGAUAGGAUUGACCAACUCAUAAAUGAUUAUGAUAACCUAAGUAUAGAAAUGCCUUCAAAUCUAGAAGCUGGCAUGGAUGGUGACAUUACUGAAGCGCCUUCUAAGGGUAACCUACUUUCGGCUACAGCAGUAAGCACCGUUCUUCUUACAACGAGUGCUCCUCCAGGGAGUCAGCUGUCCGAGGAAGCAGAUGGGGAGUCUGAUUCAGACGACAAGAAGGUCAAGUCCAUCCUUACUAAAGACUUAAAGGAAGAUGGAGGUUACAAGUCAGUGUGGUUUAGGGAGGAUGCUGCCCCAGAAGUAAUGGUCAUUGAGGGAGCUGAAAACGGGGAAGCAAAUGAUGAUGACACUGAAGAGGGAGAAGAUGACGUUGACGAUGAUGACAAUGAUGAAGAUGAUGAUGAAGAUGAACUUGAUCCGACAUUUAGCAUUACAAAUAAUGACUCAAAUGAUUUCAGCAUACUCUAGAAGUCUAUUUAAUCACUGUAAAUUAAUAUGACAAAAAUGUGCAAAUUUCAUGUUGUAUAUUGCAGGGAGUGACUAUUCUGAGCAUAGUAGUGAUGAUCAUACAGUUCCCCUUAUUAUUUAUAUUGUUUUCUUGUCACAUUUAACUACAUCAUCUCUUGUUGCCCACCAAUGUAAAAAGGAAAUCAAAAUAUUAGGUUAAAUAAUUCAUUUUUUUAAAUUUAAUUUCUAAUAUUUUGCAGCUUUAUCUGAGCCACCUACUUUAGAUACCUGAACAAUAUAACAUUUCUAUUUAUAUGUAAUAUGCUGGUGUAUUGGAUAUAAAGAUAAAUGUUUACAGGAACAUUUAAGGCAAAACUGCAGAAGUUAUACCAGUGCAGGGCCCUAGGGCAGGGGUUCUCAACCGGUGGUACGCGUACCCCUAGCGGUUGUGCGGGGGUACGCAAUGCACUGACAAAUACUGGCCAUGCAUUGGCCAGUAUUUGUCAGCACAUUGCGGGGAAUGGCUGCGGCAGCUCUCAGUAAAGGGGCUACUUUUCGGGAGUUGCAUGGUUGCUGGGGAGACGUGUGAAGUCCCCUGACGACCCUUCUGUGCGGCGCCGAACAGAACUCUGGGAGCGGUACCCGAACAAGCCGGGUAAUGUAAAAAAAAAAGUAAAAACGAAGUGUAUGGGAGGGAUGAUAUAUAUUAUAUAUAUAUAUAUAUAUAUAUAUAUAUAUAUAUACACACACACAUAUAUAUAUUAGCCCAGGGGGAUCGGUGGAGGGGGAAUUAUGGCACAGGGGGAUUAAGAUGGAGGGGAGAAUAAUGGCACAAGGGGAUUAAGUAUCACAUCAGUAUAAAGGUAAGCACACGCCUUUUGUCCGCGGGUACUCAUCGCGAGGGGUACCCGCGGACAUACCCGUGCGAAGGGUUCCCGCAGACACUCUUUCAGCCUUCGGGGAUACAGUCGCCAAAAAGGUUGAGAAUCACUGCCCUAGGGAACAGUAAAUAACAUAGGGAUUCAAAGUUGAAAGUAAAAACAUUUUCUUCCCCUCUCUGACCCUGUAUUAGACACCUGGAGUAGUGUUUCUUGUUACUACAAAAUACAGUUGAAACUCGAAAAAAUUUGAAUAUCGUGCAAAGUUCAUUUAUUUCAGUAAUGCAACUUAAAAGGUGAAACUAAUAUAUGAGAGAGACUCAUUACAUGCAAAGCAAGACAGAUCAAGCCGUGAUUUGUCAUAAUUGUGAUGAUUAUGGCUUACAGCUCAUGAAAACCCCAAAGCACAAUUUUUUAUACAGAUUUGUAAAUUACUUCUAUUUAAAAAUCUUAAUCCUUCCAGUAGCUGCUGUAUGCUCCACAGGAAGUAAUUUUUGUCUUUUUGAUUUUCUUUUCUGUCUGACCACCUCUGUACAUGUCAGGGACUGUCCAGAACAGGAGCAAAUCCCCAUAGCAAACCUAUCCUGCUCUUGACAUUUCCUGAGACAGACAUGGAGGGUGCAUGGAGGGCAUGAAGCCAGGCCCCCGUUCUGGAAAUCCAUGAGUAUCUCAGCGAUCAGACCCUUUGACAAGGACUAGAGUAGUGACAAGGUUAUUUUAGCCUUUUUAAUGUGUUUGAGUCCCUUUCUUAUAAGAGUACCUUCCAUGAUACCCAUCUAUUUUUAUUAUCUCCAUUUUUAUGAAUGGGACCAGAGGUGGGCUGUUUGCCAGGAUUACACACACACACACACACACACACACACACACACACACAGAUGCUUCCUUUUCCUUUAUUCUCUGGCGAAUCACAGAAUGGCACCAACUCCUCUUUGCUAUUGCAUGACUUCAUACAAGAGAAGGGCACUGGACUGAAUAGUUAACACUGUGGAGGAUGAAUAAAGCUUUUGAUGUACUGGCUUUGCAAGAUGAUUUGUGCCCAGAAAGUGAAGAAACUGUAACAUCAGCGCUCUGGCCAGACACGCUGACAGCACUCCCCUUUCAAUGUCCCCGCUGCCGGAGGGGCUGGGAUUUGCAUCACGGGACGCGCCUGCAUGACAGUUCCAGCCCGUCACUCACCUCCCUGGUCUUCCCUGUUCUUAGUCCCGGCGCACGUGCCCCCACAUCCUAGGGCGCGCACGCGCACCGGAGCUCUGUGAUUUAAAGGGCCAGUACACCCUAAUUAGUGUCUUCACCUGUUCCUUCCCUAUAAGUGUGUGCACCUCCCCCUGCCUGGUGCGGAAUCUUUGUUGCCCUAGUGCCUGAGAGAAUGCUACUGUGUUUCCUGUGUUCCUGUUUAUUCGUGUACCUGAUCCUUGUUCUGUGACCCUGCUACUGUGCCGCCUGCCCUGACCUUCAGCUAUCCUGACCACGUCUUGUCUUUAUCCUUCUGUACCACACAACCUGCGUGGACGAGUUGUGCCAGGGGUAGCGACAUAUGUGCUGCCUGCCACAGCAAGACCAUCCCAUUUUGCGGCAGGCUCUGGUGAAAACCAGCGGCACCAGAGACUCCUCUCCCUGGCAUGGCUCACGUCAUCAUCCACACAGGCCCAGAGGAUCCACCACCUGCCCCUUACAGCAACAAUAGCAGCAGGUCACCACUCCGAUGUUACUUCAGCAGCAGAAGUCACGUGGCCACUGCAGCCAAUGACCGGCUUGGCUACCAUCACAGAGUAGUAACAUAGUCACAUAGUUCAUAAGGUCGAAAAAAGAAUCCAUCAAGUUCAACCUAUAACCCUAAUGAAACCCUACUGAGUUGAUAUAGAUCUAGAAUCCAUAACUUGUAAUGUUAUUAUUCUCCAAAAAUGCAUCCAGACCCCUUUUAAAUUCUUUUACAGAGUUCACCAUGACCAUCUCCUCUGGCAGACAAUUCCACAGUUUUGCUGCUCUUACAGUAAAGAACCCCCGUCUGUGCUGGUGUAGAAACCUUCUUUCCUCUAGACGUAGAGGAUGCCCCCUUAUUAUAGAUACAGUCCUGGGUAUAAAUAGAUCAUGGAAGAGAUCUCUGUAAGGCCCCAUGAUAUAUUCAUAUAUAGUUAUUAGGUCUCCCCUAAGCCUUCUUUUUUCUAAAGUAAAUAACCCUAAUUCUGAUAAUCUUUCUGGGUACUGUAGUCCUCCCAUUCCCUGUAUUACUCUGGUUGCCCGUCUUUGAACCCUCUCCAGCUCCACUAUAUAUUUCUUGUACACUGGUGCCCAGUACUGUACACAGUAUUCUAUGUGUGGUCUGACUAGUGAUUUGUACAGUGGUAGAAUUAUUUCCUUUUCGUUGGCAUCUAUGCCCCUAGUGAUGCAUCCAAUGAUUUUAUUUGCCUUGGCAGCAGCUGCCCAACACUGGUCACUACAGCUAAAUUUACUAUUAACCCCUUAAUGACCACGGACAUAAAUGUACAUCCUGUUGUGAUGGUACUUAGCGUACCAGGAUGUACAUUUACGUCCUGUGUAUGACCGCGAGCAUCGAAGCGGUACUCGCGUCAUACACGGCAGGUUCCGGCUGCUAGCAGCAGCCGGGGACCUGCCGGUAAUGGCAGACAUCCG